GUCUUGUACCAAAGAAAGGGGAAUCGCAGCGUCGGUCUCCCUGUUUUCUCUAAUUUUCUGCCUUCGCUGGAGUCUCUGGACCGUCCACCAGCGCGUGCUUGGCGGGAGUUGAACACCGGGGCGAUCUGUGGUCCAUUCUUCCCUUGACUGAGUGUGAAGGGUGUGAAGCAAAGAUGUUGUCAGGUGGUCACGGAGAGGUCAACCCCAACUCGUCGUGGCACAGCAGCCGCGGAGCAUGGCUCUCCUACCUUGCUGGAGUGCUAGCUCUGCAUCUCUUCCUCCUUUCCAUACCCAUUCUGUCGAUACCCACGGCAUGGACUCUUACCAAUGUCAUACACAACCUGGCAAACUACUUGUUCCUGCAUCAGAUAAAGGGCACCCCUUGGCAGCUGCUGGACCAGGGGAAGGCCCGUCUUAUGACUGCUUGGGAACAAAUUGACUAUGGGCAACAGUUUACCACUACCCGUAAAUUCAUCACCAUUAUUCCUAUUGUCUUGUUUCUUCUGACAAGUUUCUACACAAAGUAUGAGUUUAACCACUUUGCAAUCAACUUUGCCACACUGCUUCUUGUACUCAUCCCCAAGUUGCCGCAGUUCCACAUGGUGCGUCUCUUCGGUAUUAAUAAAUACUAAAGAUAUGCUUGCCAUAUCAAUAUUAUGGAACCUGCAUCGGGCUGUUAUCUCAGCCUCUGCUUUCACAUUUCCUUAAGCUGUCGGUAUUAACAGAACCGUCUUGCUAAGGAGCUAAUUUCACCACCUGAGCACCAGUGCCACUAUGACUCGAGCCAACUCUCAGAGAUGCUGCUGGUACUCACAUCGUAAAGGAUAGAUGGUACCAGUAUUGAGCUGUGUUUAUUCAUGAUGAUUGGCAAGCAGCCUGGAUAUUACCUGUUGGACUUAAUAGUGGCAUUUGGCCAUUCCUAAAACGAUUCCAGAUUUUGUAUCUGUAUUAUAUUGCCAUCGUCAGUAGUUGGUCACUUGUGUAUAUAUAGAUUUCACUUCCUGCUAUUGUAGUAGUCUUUAGCAGGUCAUUAAGAAUUUUGUUUGAUCAACAAAGGUAUUAUUUCAUGUUAUCCUUUAUUAUAACUAUUCUGAUCAGUCUCCUUAAAGAAAAGCAAACUGUUCUUGAUAAAACCUGGUCUAGAUAUUUGCUUUUCUUUUGCUGAACUAUGAAAAUGCUUGAGGAGGAAGAGUUAAUGUUUGGAUUGAAAUAAGCAUUGAUUGUAUGUUUUUAAAACUAAAUAACCAUUUUGAGUUUUAGCUUGAUUUGAUCAAAUGUUUAAAAUAAAAUAAAGAUAAACCAGAUAUCAUUUUAUUUGAAAUCAGAAAUUGUUAUAUUUAUUGCCAAAAUCAUCAUUAGCAAUAUUAGAUGCAUUUCAAUGGACAGUGGUCACCUUUAAUCUAUCAAUGUCCCAUUUCAAAGAUACACUGUUACAUAUUGAAUUGUACAUUGUAUCAUUUACUAAUCAUGUAUGAUAUUGUCUGUGUGUGUGGGUGGUAUAUAUAUAUGAUAUGCACUCUGUUAUUUUAUUUAAGGAUGUAUAUGUUUCUUAAAUGGGUAAUAUAUUUUUAUUUAGAUUUCA